AGGUCAUCCAUUAACUUUCCUUGCAGUCAAUGAUUAUCGAUUACAAGUGAACGAUCCGAAGUCCGAAAAAAAAACCCACUACCAAUGACCAUGGCUAAAUGAGGAGCAUCAUGUCUUUGAAAACAUUUUCCUGCAGGGUUUUGUUUAAAUAUUUGAACCAUGGUGUCGUCGCUUCAAGUAAGCCGCUCAGUGCACGAGAUGCAGCCGCCGCCGUGUUGGGACGGACCUCCACGCGGGGCUAUUACAACACCGGGAAACCCAGGUACGCCGGACCGGGCGGGGUGGCCAACGUCCGGGUGGUGGACCUCCGCAGCGACACUGUGACCAAGCCCGGGCCGGGAAUGCGGCAGGCCAUGGCGGAGGCCGAGGUCGGAGAUGACGUGAUGGGAGAAGACCCGACAGUUAACGAGUUACAGAAAAUUGCAGCUGAUAUGUUUCGGAUGGAGGCCGCACUGUUCGUUCCCUCUGGAACCAUGAGUAAUCUCAUCGCAGUGAUGGUGCACUGCAGGGAGCGGGGCGACGAGAUGAUCGUGGGUGAUCUGUCCCAUUUACACAUCUAUGAGCAAGGAGGGAGCGCACAGUUGGCCGGUGUCCACGCCACCACGGUGACCAACCUCCCCGAUGGAACAUUUGACUUUGAGCAGCUGGAAUCGAAGAUCCGCCACGGUUACCCCGACCCCCACUACCCCCGCUCACGCCUCAUAUGUGUGGAGAACACACACAACAUACAGGGAGGACGUGUGCUGCCCCUGACCUUCCUGCAGGAGGUUCGUGCUGUAGCAGAUAGAUAUGGUCUGUCGGUUCACAUGGAUGGAGCCAGGGUGAUGAACGCGGCCGUGGCCCAGGGGGUGCAUCCAUCCACCAUACUGCAGCACACACACACCGUCAGUGUGUGCCUCUCCAAGGGUUUGGGCGCCCCUGUGGGAACCAUCUUGGCUGGACCCCAAGACUUCAUAUCCCGGGCAGUACGGUGCCGUAAAGCCCUGGGUGGGGGGAUGCGGCAGGCUGGUAUUCUAGCAGCAGCUGGAAAACUGUCUUUGCUGGAGAUGGUAGGAAGACUGGAGGAGGAUCACUGCAAUGCAAAAACCUUUGCUCAAGCUCUGCUCGACUGUGACCCUCCUCUGUUCGCUGUAGACAUGGCUGCCGUGGAGACAAACAUCCUGCGUUUCCGUCUACAGGAGCCAAGUUUAAGUCCCUCAGAGUUCUGUGCCCGCAUGGGUCAGGUUAACGAGGGAGAGGAGGCUGCGCUGGGACAGGGGAUACAAGUUCUCAUGUACCCCCAUUUUGGAAAUUCAGUACGGGCUGUAUGGCAUCUUGGGAUAUCCCCUGAAGAUACCAAGCUGGCCAUCCAGAAAAUGCAAUUUGUGGCUUCUCAGUACUUGAAGGAAAAACUCAGGGCCCAGUGAACCCUGAUACUUCCGAAGAUGUGUAGUCUAAUCACUAGGACUGAUCAUGGAAUAUUUACAGACUGAUCUAGAACAAGACUGAAGGAUGUGAAACAUGGGACAAAUGCAACUGGAGUCACUUUGGAUAUUCAUUCAAUUCAGUUUUUGUUUUUUUUUGCAAAUCUUAAUCAUUAAAUUUAUUGAACCACUGUC